AUGGUUUCCCACCUUACUUUGAUUAUAUCACUGGUUGGUCUGUUGUAUCUUUGCCACUUUCAUGUCGAAGCGAAUUCUCGACCAUUUCAAAAGAAAUCAUGUUGGAUGUGUGAUGCACCGCGAUGCGACAGGUGCGUAACAAGUCAGUGGACCACAUGGAACCAGUGUUCAGCUCCGUGUGGGUUAAACGGCUAUCAGUCAAGAAAUAGGGUCGUGCAUCAGCCGUCGUCAUGUGGUGCUGGAUCGUGUCAGAAUUUAAUAGCAAAGGAGUGGCGACCAUGCAACCGUUGGUGUCAAAAUGGCGGGACCCCCGCUCGAUGGGGCUGCCAGUGUCCGCUUAACUACAUCGGUGACUGUUGCGAAACAGCAUACCUCGGAUGGAGCAAGUGGGGAGACUGGUACCCAUGUAGUAAGACUUGUGGUGGUCUUGGUGUCCAAAAACGCAUGCGUGUGUGUGUUGGGCUCCUGCCGAUCAACUCUACAACUUGUGACAGCGUGUGCCCUGGUUCAAAUAUUGAAACUAGAGCAUGCAAUACUCAUGAUUGUCCAGUUGAGUACAAUUCACUUGGUUGUUUUAAAGACGGUACUCCCCACGCCCUCCCGUUGCUACUAAAAAGCUUCCGAAACAAUAUCGAUUGGAAUGACAUGACGAAAAUCGUUCGGGCAUGCGCAGAGAUCGCCAAAGAGCGUGGCCUUCCCAUAUUUGGAAUCCAGUUUUACGGCGAAUGUUGGAGUGGACUGGACGCCGAAAACACGUACAAUAAGUACGGACCUUCCGAAAACUGUUGGAAUGGAGUGGGAAAGAAGGGAACCUAUCACGUGUACAAAAUAUGAGUAAAAGUUCCAAUUUUUUUCGAAAAUGAAGGGUUAAAUAUUUGACAUAAUGUUCCUUAGGAGCAGGUUGUGACACGUUAUAAAAUAAAGUACUCCUAAAUUACGAACAAAACCGCAUUAUCGUUUUAGAUUCCCUUCAAAUGAAACCCGCGGCUAUGAAAUUUCCCUAAAAACAGACAACUUGUAGGGCAUCCUAAUAUUUUCACUCUCUCCAUAGUCACUAGUCAUAGUCUUCACGUAGUCAAAAGUCAUAGUC